AUGACCUUCGGGCGCGGCGGGGCGGCCUCGGUGGUGCUGAACGUGGGCGGCGCCCGGUACUCGCUGUCCCGAGAGCUUCUCAAGGACUUCCCGCUGCGCCGCGUGAGCCGGCUGCACGGCUGCCGCUCGGAGCGCGACGUGCUCGAGGUGUGCGACGACUACGACCGGGAGCGCAACGAGUACUUCUUCGACCGGCACUCAGAGGCCUUCGGCUUCAUCCUGCUGUACGUGCGCGGCCACGGGAAGCUGCGCUUCGCGCCGCGGAUGUGCGAGCUCUCCUUCUACAACGAGAUGAUCUACUGGGGCUUGGAGGGCGCGCACCUGGAGUACUGCUGCCAGCGCCGCCUAGACGACCGUAUGUCCGACACUCACACCUUCCACGCAGCAGAGGAGCUGGGCCGCGAGCAGGCUCGCCCCGCCGGGUCCGAGGCGGCUCCCUCCCGGCGCUGGCUGGAGCGCAUGCGGCGGACCUUCGAAGAGCCCACGUCGUCGCUGGCCGCGCAGAUUCUGGCCAGCGUGUCCGUGGUGUUCGUGAUCGUGUCCAUGGUGGUGCUGUGCGCCAGCACGCUACCCGACUGGCGCACGGCGACCGCCGACAACCGCAGCCUGGAUGACCGGAGCAGGUACUCCGCCGGCCCUGGGAGGGAGCCCUCCGGGAUAAUUGAAGCUAUCUGCAUAGGCUGGUUCACCGCAGAGUGCAUUGUGAGGUUCAUCGUCUCCAAAAACAAAUGUGAGUUUGUCAGGAGACCCCUGAACAUCAUCGACUUACUGGCAAUCACGCCCUAUUACAUCUCUGUGCUAAUGACAGUCUUUACAGGGGAGAACUCUCAACUCCAGAGGGCUGGAGUCACCUUGAGGGUGCUCCGGAUGAUGAGGAUCUUCUGGGUGAUAAAGCUUGCCCGGCACUUCAUUGGUCUGCAGACGCUGGGUUUGACUCUCAAGCGAUGCUACCGAGAGAUGGUUAUGUUACUUGUCUUCAUCUGUGUUGCCAUGGCAAUCUUUAGUGCACUUUCUCAGCUUCUUGAACAUGGGUUGGACCUGGAAACAUCCAACAAGGACUUCGCCAGCAUCCCUGCUGCCUGCUGGUGGGUGAUUAUCUCUAUGACUACAGUUGGCUAUGGAGAUAUGUAUCCUAUCACAGUGCCUGGAAGAAUUCUUGGAGGAGUCUGUGUUGUCAGUGGGAUCGUUCUGUUGGCAUUACCUAUCACUUUCAUCUACCAUAGCUUUGUGCAGUGUUAUCACGAGCUCAAGUUUAGAUCAGCUAGAUAUAGCAGGAGCCUCUCGGCUGAAUUCCUGAAUUAAUGUAUUGCAAAUCAACCCUCGUGCACACUUCACUUGAUAGAGUUAACGCUGCUUCUU